AUGAAAGUACAACAGGGAAAAGCUUUCAAUAUAAUAUAAUAAUAAAGUUUUAAUAUAAUAUAGUAAAGAAUACAAGCUUUUAAUGUAACAAAGAAUGCUUCUGUUUACUUCAUAAACAGAAUCAGCGAAACGUGCUGUUUUAAACCUAUAAAAUUUCUACGAAAAAUGAUCAGUUACUUGUUUCAAAACGAUUCAUAGCAUUAGAGGACGCAAGAAAACCGCUAUACGCGCAAGAUUCGGUGUAGUUUGACAACCGAACUGAAAAUUCUGCGAAGCUUAUUGUACACGUUCCAUAUCCGUUCCAUUUCCUCAUCGUAGGUGGCGACUUGUACUGCUUUCGGAUGGAAUAGGCGGGGUAGUAACGUCUGGAGCGGACAGAUCCCAUUCCGGCUUGCAGAUCUGCCACCCGCAACCCAACCGCCCCUGAGCCUGACCGCGGAUCGGACGCAAAAGUUUGCCUCGCUCUUGCUUCGCUCACCGCACCUUGCAGGUGAAACGACAGACUUUGCGUCGAGGAGAAAUUCCGAUAAGUGGUUGCUGGCCAUAUUGGCACUAGCAAGUGCUCGCCCCCACGGUUGCUCAUGGCUCAAGAUUUGGUCAGAACGAGCUAUAAGAAAUUCUGUGAUUACUGAAUUAGGGACAUGUUAUUCAGAAUUUAUGUUCUUAUGGAUAAAUCACACUAAAGAAGUGGAAAUUCUGCAUGCAAUUCAAUCUCAUAAACAGGGGCAUAUCAUUCCUCGGUUAAAACAGCUGAAACAUCGCGGAAAGAACGAGAUAUCCUCGGUGGCUCUGUAGACGAAGGAAAUGACGUGUGCAAUAAUAGCCACACUCGAGCGAACACCAAGGCCGCCUUGACGCGGUUUGUUCUUGUUGUUGUUGUUCGACAAACUGCUGGAAAAUUACUAGCGAGCGUGGUUGCCGUUAACGAUAUUUGUAGCUGGACCGGACUUGAACUUCUCAGGGCCUUCCCCCUUACCACCAUCUACGAUGGCAAAGGACUCACGACAGCUAAUGGUCAAGUCUCUGCGACCCGAAUGACCACAAAGUGA